GCAAAUCCAGCCAGAGACUGAUUCUGAGCAGCAGUUCUGCCCGGCACUGACUCGCUGACCCUGCCAUGCCGGCGCCGCUGCUCCCGCUGCUGCUGCGAUUGCUGCUGUCCCGCCUGCUGCUGCCUGCUGCCCGCCUGGCCCGCCAGUACCUCCUGCCCCUGCUGCGCCGAUUGGCCGGGCGCCUGGGCUCCCAGGACAUGAGAGAGGCUUUGCUGGGCUGUCUGCUGUUCAUUCUCAGCCAGCGACACUCGCCAGAUGCUGGGGAGGCCUCAAGAGUGGACCGCCUGGAGAGGAGGGAGAGGUUAGGCCCCCAAAAAUGAGGCUACAAGUCCUGACAGCAGCUGUACCCCUCAAAAUACUUUAUUUUGGAGUAGGAUAAUCCCGGCACCAGCACUGACCGAAGGCUGCCCAGUGGAAAGAAGAUACAGUAAGGGCUGUGCAUGAGAGGGAUCUGCCACAGACAUGCUUCUCCACUCCCAACAGAAAUGUCUUUCUGGAAGAAUGCCUUGCAUCUAGCAGAAAACUGACCAUUGCCCCUCUCCUCCAGCAGUUCUUCCCAAAGACCACUCCUAAUCACCUCUGCCCUCAGGUGGGAGGGAAAAUAACACCCACCUACCCCUGCCCUCCCUGCAAAUGAGAACGUCAAGGUUCCCAAUGCUUAACUGAGGGACAAGUAACAAUUUAGCAGAGAGGCAAGGUUUGAAUCCAGACUGUCUUCCAGACUCAGGACCUACCUUAAAAAGAAUAUCUGGGUUCCCUAUGGAGGCUGAUUUACCUGCAAAGCCCGGCACUCAGCAAGUGCUCAAUAAAUAUUUGAUUUGAA